GUUCAGGCUUCUGCUGGGACAGCUAUUGUGCCUUGGGCCUUAAUACAGAAUCCCAGCUGCUUUUGUUGCCUGUUCAGAAGAGGAGUAAUCAAAAGGGAAGAGCCAGUGCUGCUGACAGCAUCUCCAACAUGGCUGGUAAGAUUCAGGCACUGAGUCUGGAGGAGAGGGAGCAGAUCUUGCCCAUGCUCCACAGUGCCCAGUGGGUGGAGGUGGUGGGCAGAGACGCGAUCUAUAAGGAGUUUAUCUUUAAAGACUUUAACCAGGCCUUUGGGUUCAUGUCAAGAGUGGCACUACAGGCCGAGAAAAUGGACCAUCAUCCUGAGUGGUUCAAUGUUUACAAUAAGGUUCAGAUCACUCUAAGCACACAUGAUUGUGGAGGUCUUUCCCAGCGUGACAUUACACUUGCUACUUUCAUUGACCAGGUCUCCAUUUUCUGAAGCUACAUCUUCUGUUUCCCUCCUGUGAGGCAAUAAAUCGACUAGACCUGAACAGGA